CCUCCCUGCAGAGAUGCAAGCCUGUGAAUCUCUAUAUUUCCUCCCCCUGCUUUGUAUUCUUUGUCAGACACAGAGAAGCCCUGGCAGAGUGUGAGGUGCAUGCAGGGCAGUGCCAGCAGGGUUGAGGGGCAUGAUGCCGGUGAAGGGGCACCUCUCCACUCAGCUGCUUUGGUUUCUUGUCCUACUUGUUCUUCAGCUAACCAACAGUAUAUACCAUGGAGGGAAGCUUACCGGUGGUAGCAGUCCAUGUGCUGGCAGAGUGGAAGCAAAAUUUGGUGAUUUCUUCAUGAAAAUAUGUUUUCCUGUUGCAUCUAUAAAAGUGUUUCAAGUAAUUUGCAGAGAACUUGGGUGUGGAUCAGCAGUGAGUUUCCACAACGCCAGCCAUUUUGUGGAGGAUUUCAUGCCAUACAUAGUUCCAGUAAUUCUUUGUCGUGGUGAUGAGACAACAGUCAUGAAAUGCAAGGGAACUUCCUACUCUCUGGAGUUCACGUGCCCUCCUUCUUUCUAUACUGGAGUCACAUGCUCAGGUGACAAACAGCCCCGGCUGAUUGAAGGUGACAAUGCCUGCUCAGGACGUCUGGAGAUAAGACAUGGACACACUUGGGCUACUGUCAGUGAUUCCCACCUUGAUCCUAAAGCUGCCAGUGUGAUUUGUAAUGAGCUACUGUGUGGAGCAGUUGUAUCCAUCACAGGAGGAGCUCACUUUGGAGAAGGACAAGGGCCAAUCUGGACUGAAGAGUUUCAGUGUGUGGGAAAUGAGUCUCAUCUUGCGUACUGCCCCCGAGCACCACCCAUGAAUCAGACAGGCUCACACGCAAAUGAUGCUGGCCUCAUAUGUUCACGGUUCACAGGGUUCAGGCUGGUGAACGGCAGCACACAGUGCUCGGGGAGAGUGGAGGUCCAGGUGCUCGGUGCCUGGGGCACCAUGUGUGACUCGCGCUGGGAUUUAUCAGAUGCCCACGUUCUCUGUCGUCAGCUUGAUUGUGGAUUUGCAGUGUCAGCUCCAGGAGGAGGGCAUUUUGGGAGAGGAACGGGGCCCGUCUGGAGAGACACAUUCCACUGUAAUGGGACUGAACCCCAUUUAUGGCACUGCCCGGUUACUGCCCUGGGAGUCUCUCAGUGUUUCCAUGACCGUGAUGUCAGUGUGAUUUGCUCAGGUCGAUCUGAAUCACUUAUACUGUUGGAUGGAGAGAGCCGGUGCGAUGGGCGAGUUGAGAUUUCCCUCGGUGGAACAUGGAGCAGAGUCCUGGAUGAUCAGUGGGACAUGAACGAUGCCAGCGUGGUGUGCAGGCAGCUGCAGUGUGGAGCUGCUGAGAAAGCCUAUCACCCUGCAAAGUCUGAGCGCGGGACAGGUCCUGUGGGGUUCAGAAGUGUCCAGUGUGCUGGACAUGAGUUUAAUCUGAUGCUCUGUAACAACUCCCUGUCUGAGACAAUGCAGGCUGGCAUAGCGGAAGAUGUCAGUGUUGUUUGCUCAGGAAGCAGGAAUAUCAGACUGGUGAAUGGGGCAGGUCGCUGUGCUGGGAGAGUGGAGGUUUAUUACCAGGGCACCUGGGGGACUGUCUGUGAUGAUUCCUGGGGCUUGUCUGAUGCCAGCGUAGUUUGCAAACAACUGAGAUGCGGAAACGCCAUUGAGGCAUCUGCCUCUGCUCACUAUGGGGAAGGCUCAGGGCAGAUCUGGCUGGAUGAUGUGAACUGCGCUGGGAAUGAGUCGGAGCUGUGGGCAUGUCCUUCCAAGAGCUGGGGCCAGCACAACUGCCGACACAAAGAGGAUGCAGGAGUGCUCUGUUCAGGAGGAAAAGAAAACAGUACACAAAACUCAUUUGCUGCGUGCCCAGGCUCUACAAACUGCACAGACAAGGAAAAGCUUCGCGUUGUGCAAGGAAAGGACGGCUGUUCAGGGAGAGUGGAGGUUUGGCACCGCGGCUUCUGGGGAACAGUGUGUGAUGACUCCUGGGACAUGGCGGAUGCAAAAGUUGUGUGUAAACAACUGGGCUGUGGACCUGCUGUGUCUGCUCUGGGUCGAGCAGCAUUCGGGGAAGGGACUGGCCCCAUCUGGCUGGAGAAAUUGGACUGUCAAGGGACAGAGUCAUCUCUGUGGCACUGUCCUGCGAAGCACUGGGAGGACAGUAACUGCCACCAUAAAGAAGAUGCUGCUGUGAAUUGCUCUGAUGCAACAGGAAUGACAACUUCCCCGAAGGGAACAGAUCCACCUGCCACAGACAGUUGGGGAGACAUGGUGCCCAUUGUCAUCUGCAUUAUUCUGGGCGUCCUUCUCUGCUUGGUCCUAAUCAUUGUGGCUGGGCUGGUGCGAAAUGCCAGAGCACAGCAGAAAGGGUCCAGAAACGUCAUGCAGCCCUUCUCUGAGGUUGUGUAUGAAGAGAUUGACUACAGCCCAGUGAAGGAGAAGCAGGAAUUAUUUGUUCAUUCAGAGACCUCUGUACUGCCCAGAGAAGCCACCAGUGAUGGUUAUGAUGAUGCUGACGCAAAUUCUGAUGCAGAACACAGAUCUGAUUUUCACCAGAAUUACGAGGAAGUCAAUGAAGCCCCAGAGGAAAGUGAUGGGACAAGGGAUUCGCAGACAGGUUGGAGUCUGCACUCCCUAAGAAGUGAAGGGACCUCUGGACCUGACGGAAAAGAAACAUCCCUGCCUCCCGGGGACAUAGAAUAUGAUGAUGUUGAAGAUGGCUUUGCUGGGACAUUGAUAUAAGAAUGUCUGUAUUUAGAGCAUAUGCCGUGUGAGGACACAAAUGCUGUAUGAUUAGAUGACUCUUCUUUGAAAUGCUGACUGGGCCAGAGAGUCACUAGAGACAGUCUUUGCACAGCAGGUAGCCUGACCAGCUUCUUAUAGAGGGUGAUGUAGUUGCAAGCAUAGUAGUUUAAGUGACAUUUUUUAUUUACCAUUGAUCAGGCUGUAUGAAUAGUUCCUGCUUUUAUAUUCCUAAAAAAUUCUUCAUCCUAAAGUUAAUGCAUUUUGUUAUUAAAACAUUUCUUAAAGCUUGUUCCAGAAAUGAUAUUUCUCUCAACCUGAUGUGUUGGGUCAGUCCCAGGGGAUGGUAAUGGAGGGAGAAUGAAAAGAAUUACAAGAGAAGAUAAUAAUAAAGUGGUACUUCAUCACUGCAGGCUGUUAGACAGGAUAUUUGAUUUAUAAUUCUGUGCAGCGAUGCUGACAUAUGCAGUAAGGAAAUAUUGAUAGAGAUAGAGAGGACCCAAAUGUAGUAUUCAUGCUCCAAACUUCCAUUUGAACUCCAAGGUA